UACUCCCGAAAAUCCGCCAAUCGUCGCCUCUCUGCUCAGAUUCUCUACGCAGAAACUGUAGUGACCAAUUGACUCGAACGAAGAGUGGGAGUCCAUUUCGCAAAGCACCAGCAGGCCAAAAACCCCAACCAAAUCUCCGCCACGGCGCCACCGCGCCACCGCACUGCAGGCUUCUAGGGCAAAGAAGCAUCCAAGCGACCGAGGUGAGAGGAGAUCGCCGGGGCGGGGCCAUCGCGGCGGCUCCGUUUCUAUACUCGGGCGACGGCACCGGUGACAUUCAGAAGUAGUCACGAUGGUGGAUUUCACAGCACUAGAGCUCCGAGAAAUUAUGGAAAAGCACAAUAACAUUCGCAACAUUUCUGUUGUUGCUAAUCUGCGGCAUGGAAAAUCUACACUUACAAAUUCUCUUGUGGCAUCUGCUGGGAUUGGUAUAAAAGAAGAAGCCGUUGUAGUUCCCAUUACUGAUACACGGGCAGAUCAAGCAGAGCCUGGUAUUUCUAUUAGAUCCACUAACUUCUCUCUUUUGUAUGCGAUGGACGACGAGUCAGUUGAGGCUUACAAUGGAAAAGGAGAUGGGAAUAAAUAUCUAAUUAACAUUAUUGAUUCACCUGGGCACGUUGAUUUUGCUUCGGAAGCCACAGCUGCUAUCCAUAUAACUGAUGGUGCUCUGGUGGUAAUUGAUUGUAUUGAGGGUAUCUGUAUGCAAACUGAAACGGUGCUCCACCAAGCCCUUAGUGAGAUGGUCAGGCCUAUACUUUGUCUGAGCAAGAUGGAUAAGCUAUUCCCUGGGCAUGAAGUUGAAGGUGCCAAACCUGAAUUUACAGGUGAGCAAGUGUACCAGAUAUUGUCCAAUAUUAUUCAAAAUGCCAAUGCAAUUUUGGCAGCAAAUGAUGCUGAGCGCCUUGGUGAUGUUCAGAUCUACCCUGAGAAUGGAACUGUGGCCUUUUCUUCAUGUUUACAUGGCUGGGCAUUUAGGCUCGCUGACUUUGCUGAGAUGUAUGCCUUGAAGUAUAAAAAAGCGGAUGCAAAUGAAUAUAUGAAGUUUCUUUGGGGUGAUAACUUUUUUGACUCUGCCACUGGCAAAUGGACCACGAAGGAUAAUGGAUCCGGCACGUGUAUCAGAGGCUUUGUUAAGUUUAUCUACAAUCCAAUCAAGUCAAUCAUGGAUGCCUGCAUGAAUGAUGAUAAGGGUGAACUGUGGAAGAUGUGCUCGAGGGCUGGUGUGAGUAUCAAAGAUGAUGACAAGGACCUAACAGGCAGGGCUCUUGUGAAGUGUGUUAUGCAGACUUGGAUGCCAGCUAGUACAACUCUACUUAAGAUGAUGAUAUUCCAUCUCCCCUCUCCUUUGGAAGCACAGAAGUAUCGUGUGGAGAACUUGUAUGAGGGCCCCCUCGAUGACAUGUAUGCAGAAGCUAUAAGAAACUGUGACCCAGAUGGCCCUCUUAUGUUGUAUGUUUCCAAGAUGAUUCCAGCAUCUGACAUGGGAAAAUUCUUUGCAUUCGGCCGUGUUUUCUCAGGGCGGGUUGCAGCUGGCAUGAAAGUCCGGAUCAUGGGGCGUUCCUAUGUCCCUAGCAUAAAAAAUGAUCUUUACCCAAAGUCUGUUGAGCAUACUAUUAUAUGGACGGGAAAUAACCAAUAUGAUGUUGAGGACAUUCCUUGUGGUAGCACUGUUGGUCUUACUGGGUUGGAUGGGUACAUCAUAAAGAGUGCUACGCUGACAAAUGAGAAGGAGCUUGAUGCAUGCCCAAUCAGAGCAAUGAAGUUCUCUGUGUCCCCUGUCAUGUUUGUUACGGUUGAGUGCAAGGUUUCGUCAGAUAUUCCCAAACUGGUUGAAGGUUUGAAGCGUCUGGCGAAUUCUGAUCUCGUAGUCCUUUGUAGCGAGGAAGAAUCUGGCAAGUACAGAGUUGCUGCAGUCGGAGAGCUCCACCUUGAAAUUUGCUUGAAGGAUCUGCAGGAAUGCUUGAUGGAUGGUGCAGAAGUUACUGUUUCCAGUCCAGUUGUUUCUUACCGGGAGACCGUCCUUGGCAAGACCUGCAAUGUGGAGGGAAAAUCUCUAAGUACAAACAACAGCCUGUCUAUUGUAGCCCGCCCUUUGCAUAAGAUAUUAGUUGAGGCCAUUGAUGCUGGUCAGUUGGGCCCACAUACUGAUCGUGUGGUGCGCUCACAGAUACUUGCUAAGUGUGGUUGGGACGAAGAUCUCGCCGAUAAGAUUUGGUCUUUUGGCCCUGAUGCAGUUGGACCAAAUAUGGUUGUUGAUAUGUGCAAGAGAGUGCAGAAUCUGGAGUUAGCGAAGAAAUUCGUUGUGGCUGGCUUCGAGUUGGCAUCGAAAGAAGGGGCAUUGGCAAAAGAGAAGAUGCGGGGCAUUUGCUUCGAGAUCCAUAAUGUUGCUAUCCAUGUUAAUGAUGAUUCUAGGGCUAAAACUGCUAUGGUUCAGACAGCAAUUUAUGAGUCUCAACUUGCUGCUAAGCCAAGGCUUUUGGAGCCUGUAUACAUUGUUGCGAUGGAGGGCCCUCAGAGUGCACUCCAUGCUAUCUAUGGCAUUCUUGAAAAGAAGGGAGGGGAGGUGUACCAGGUCUUUGAGAGGGAAUACACACAGCAGUUCCACGCGAGGGCGUACAUUUCUGUUAAUGAAUCCUUUGGUCUCGCCAAGGAAAUCAGGGCUGCAACAGCUGGGCAGGUAUACCCGCAGUGUGUAUUUGGUUACUGGGAUUCGAUGGCUUCUGACCCUUUUCAGGCAAGUUCGACAGCUGGGCAGAGGGUUUUGGAUAUCCGCGAGAGGAAGAUGCUGAGGAGACCCUCCUUCCAGAACUAGGUCUAUAUUAUUUGUGAUGAGUUACGAGUGUCAUGUAUCCCUUCUCUGCUCUAUAACCUGGUCAUCUUGCAAAUGAAAUUUUUGAUAGCUUAGUGUGUUAUUUGCUACCUGGCAAUCCUCUGAUGUAACAGCAAUCACCAGCACUUGUUUUCUUACAUAUUAUGUUCUGAUCUAGUUGUACAAUUUGCUGAAUAUUAUUAGUUCAUCUCCA